GGAGGGAGUUCAGAUUCUCAGGUUGAUACAGCGCUCCCUCCCAGCACUCUGACAUGUAUAUAAACCCUGAGCUCUCCAUAGCCCACUGCCAGUUCUCUUCGUGGACUAACUGCAACGGAGAGACUGAAGAUGAUUCCUUUCUUACCCGUAUUUUCUCUCUUCUUGCUGGUUGUUGUUAACCCUGCAAACGCCAAUGGUCAUUAUGACAAGAUCUUGGCUCACAGCCGAAUCAGGGGCCGGGAUCAAGGCCCAAAUGUCUGUGCCCUUCAACAGAUCUUGGGCACAAAAAAGAAGUACUUCAGCACUUGUAAGAACUGGUAUCAAGGUGCCAUCUGUGGGAAAAAAACGACUGUGUUAUAUGAAUGUUGCCCUGGUUAUAUGAGAAUGGAAGGAAUGAAAGGCUGUCCAGCAGUUUUGCCUAUUGACCAUGUUUAUGGUACUCUGGGCAUCGUGGGAGCCACCACAACACAGCGCUAUUCUGAUGUCUCAAAACUGAGGGAGGAGAUAGAAGGAAAGGGAUCAUUCACUUACUUCGCACCCAGUAAUGAAGCUUGGGACAACCUGGAUUCUGAUAUCCGUAGAGGUUUGGAGAGCAAUGUAAAUGUUGAAUUGCUGAAUGCUUUACAUAGCCACAUGGUUAAUAAGAGAAUGCUGACCAAGGACCUGAAAAAUGGCAUGAUUAUUCCUUCAAUGUAUAACAAUCUGGGGCUCUUUAUUAACCAUUAUCCUAAUGGGGUUGUCACUGUUAACUGUGCUCGAAUCAUCCACGGGAACCAGAUUGCAACAAAUGGUGUUGUACACGUCAUUGACCGUGUCCUCACACAAAUUGGUACCUCAAUCCAGGACUUCAUUGAAGCAGAAGAUGACCUCUCCUCUUUUAGGGCAGCUGCCAUCACAUCUGAUAUACUGGAGUCCCUUGGAAGAGAUGGUCACUUCACACUCUUUGCUCCCACCAAUGAAGCUUUUGAGAAACUUCCACGAGGAGUUCUAGAAAGGAUCAUGGGAGACAAAGUGGCUUCUGAAGCUCUCAUGAAGUACCACAUUUUAAACACCCUCCAGUGUUCUGAGGCUAUCACGAGUGGUGCAGUCUUUGAGACCCUGGAAGGAAACACAAUUGAGAUAGGAUGUGAUGGUGACAGUAUAACAGUAAAUGGCAUCAAAAUGGUGAACAAAAAAGAUAUUGUGACAAAUAAUGGCGUUAUCCAUUUGAUCGAUCAGGUCCUGAUUCCUGAUUCUGCCAAACAAGUUAUUGAGCUGGCUGGAAAUCAGCAAACCACUUUCACAGACCUUGUGGCCCAAUUAGGCUUGGCUUCUGCUCUGAGGCCAGAUGGAGAAUACACUUUGUUGGCGCCUGUGAAUAACGCAUUUUCUGAUGACACUCUAAGCAUGGACCAGCGGCUUCUUAAAUUAAUUCUGCAGAAUCACAUAUUGAAAGUAAAAGUUGGCCUUAACGAGCUUUACAAUGGACAAAAACUCGAGACCAUUGGAGGCAAACAGCUCAGGGUCUUCGUGUAUCGUACUGCUGUCUGCAUUGAAAAUUCAUGCAUGGUUAGAGGAAGCAAGCAAGGAAGAAAUGGUGCCAUUCACAUAUUCAGAGAGAUCAUCAAACCAGCAGAGAAAUCCCUCCAUGAAAAAUUAAAACAAGAUAAGCGCUUCAGCAUCUUCCUCAGCCUACUUGAAGCUGCAGAUCUGAAAGAGCUCCUGACACAACCUGGAGAUUGGACCUUAUUUGUGCCAACCAAUGAUGCCUUUAAGGGAAUGACUAAUGAAGAAAAGGAAAUUCUGAUUCGGGACAAAAAUGCUCUUCAGAACAUCAUCCUUUAUCACCUGACGCCAGGAGUUUUCAUUGGAAAGGGAUUCGAACCUGGGGUUACUAACAUUCUAAAGACCACACAAGGAAGCAAAAUCUAUCUGAAAGGAGUAAAUGAUACACUUCUGGUAAAUGAACUGAAAUCGAAAGAAUCUGACAUCAUGACAACAAAUGGUGUCAUUCAUGUUGUAGAUAAACUCCUCUACCCAGCAGACAUACCUGUUGGAAAUGAUCAGCUGCUGGAAAUACUUAAUAAACUGAUCAAAUACAUCCAAAUUAAGUUUGUUCGUGGUAGCACCUUCAAAGAAAUCCCCAUAACUGUCUACAGACCCAUGAUAACAAAGGUCAAAAUUGAAGGGGAACCCGAGUUGAGACUGGUUAAAGAAGGUGAAACUGUAACCGAAGUGAUCCACGGAGAGCCAAUUAUUAAAAAAUACACCAAAAUCAUUGAUGGAGUGCCUGUGGAAAUAACUGAAAAAGAGACGAGGGAAGAACGAAUCAUUACAGGUCCUGAAAUAAAAUACACUAGGAUUUCGACUAGUGGUGGCGAAACAGAAGAAACUCUGAAGAAAUUGUUGCAAGAAGAGGUCACCAAGGUCACCAAAUUCAUUGAAGGUGGCGAUGGUCAUUUAUUUGAAGAUGAAGAAAUUAAAAGACUGCUUCAGGGAGACACACCUGUGAGGAAGAUACAAGCCACCAAAAGAGUUCAAGGAUCUAGAAGACGAUCAAGGGAAGAUCGUCCUCAGUGAAAAGUGAAAAUCCAGACUCCAGACAACAAAGCUUAUGAAACCCUAAGUAAAUAACCUGAUCUUAAAGGAAAAAUAUGAGAGCCACCUCAAAGUGAAGAAAUGAGCCACCAACACAAAAAAAAACAAUCACUGAACAAUUCUGAGUGCAAAAUGAUAUUUUUUUUUCUGAAUGAGAAACAUGAGGGAAAUUGUGGGUUUAGCCUCCUGUGGGAUAGAAUCUGAGGGAAACAUACCAUCUCACAGGCUUUUACAUCUUGACACUGAAACUUCUGGCUAACUUUGGAAUCCAUCAGAGAAAAUUCUUGUCCCUGGAUUCAUUACAACCCAAAUCUCAGAGUGGUGAGCUAUUAUCCCAUUGAGAAGAAUGAACCUUGAAUUUGUAUAAUGGAUAGAUAAAAUGCAUGCAAGGAGUUACUUCUCUGUGGGAAAUGGAUAAAUAGAAAUGGAUGCUCCGUAUUAAAUAACUGAAACAAAACUUUUACAUCAAAAAGCUUUGCACAUUUCUAAUACAAUGUGGGUUAACUGGUAAAUUAUAUUAUUUCUACAAAUAAUUUUGUACUCUUGAAAUGUUUGUUCUUAUGCUUCUUGCAAUACAUAUUUUUAUCUCAAACAUUUCAAUAAAUCCAUUUUUCGGGUAUACAGAGAAUUACUUCAAAUUGGGUAAUUAGGAAAACUCAACGUUUAAGUUAAUGAGAGGAUUUGGACUUGGGAACAGGAUAUUAUACCUCUUUUUUUUAUAACAAAUACUCAUUAAAGGAAAUUGAAUGAA